AUGGUACCGGAGCAUCUUAAAGAAUUAGCUUUGGGGGUCCCCGACCUUCUUCAGAGCUGUAAAGCUGACAGUACGGUUAGAAAGUAUUGCUACGGAUUCUUACGCUGGCGGAAGUGGGCUAAUCAGAAUCAUUUCGAGGAGGAAAACAUCUUUCCCAUAAAGCCAUUUCAUAUGUGUAUAUACUUAUCGUUUUUGGUGAAAAACAAUGCAAAUAUUGGUUCUUUGUCAGAUGCUAUGUAUGGCGUUAAAUGGGCGCACGAUAUAGUGGGGAAAAUAUCUCCUACGAUGUCCCUGUUAGUGAGGAAUGUGUUUGAGGGAGCGAAAAGGUUAUUAGCUAAACCGGUAAAGAAGAAACAGGCAGUUACUAUUUCAAUUCUUCAGAAUGUUUAUGAUAAAGUUUUUGAUAAAAACAAUCUGUAUAAUCAGAGAACUAUUACUAUGUGUUUAUUGUCUUAUGCAGGUUUCAUGAGGAGCGCAGAGGUACUCGCGUUAAGGAGAUCAGACAUACAGAUACGCGCAUCCCACAUGGAGAUUUUCGUGGAGCACUCCAAGACUGAUGUAUAUCGUGAUGGUUCGUGGAUCAUUGUGAGUAGGAUAUGUGGUUCCCGAUUGUGUCCGGUGGGUAAUUUCGAAUUAUAUUUGAAGUUAGCAUCUAUAGUGGAUGAUUCCGAGGGGUUUGUGUUCAGGAAUCUCACUAGGUUGAAUACAGAUACAUAUGUGUUAAGAAAGUUAAAUAAGCCCAUGACAUAUUCGAGGUUCAGGGAGAUUUUUAUGGAAACGUUUUCUUCAGUGGUUCCGGAUAUUAAGAAGUUUGGUUUGCAUAGUCUUCGUGCUGGAGGAGCAUCAGCCGCAGCUAAUGCGGGGAUACCGGAUAGAUUAUUCAAACGGCAUGGACGAUGGAAGUCGGAAACAGCCAAAGAUGGCUAUAUUGAAGACAAUUUUCGCGAGCGGUUGAAUGUUUCUAGGCAUUUAAAUCUGUAA